AUGAACUCACGGAUGUAUCUCGUGUUCAAUAAUGCCUAUUUAUCCCUGGGUGCGCUAUCUGGUGAUCUGAACGAGGGACUCAGUGGAAAGUCAAAGAAUGAGACCCAACAUACAUUCCUUUGGAAGGAAGCCCGAGGGAGAACUUUAUUUGUUGGGACUAUGCUACAUUUGUCCAAUCAUGAUGAAUCCAUCUCAAUCAAGCUACUAAACGAAGCCGCCGGGCAAGAGAUGUAUAGUCAGGGGAUCUCGGAGACAUUAUUCGCCUGCAAAACCUACAAACAUCCACCCAUCUCUGCCCAUUGCAUCAAAGCCAGAAUUUCUCACUCGUCUAUUCCCAUGGCUGGCGCCCACGCGUAUACUUAUCCCCUCGUCGCCACUGAUCGUAAUGUCGUUAAAAGCUAUAAUGCCAUUCCUUAUGAUGUUAUGGUAUUGUGGCAGAUGAAACUUGCCGAGGAGCAGAAGAGUCUAGUUUACAACCGCUCUGUGAAGACUAUUGUGUGAAAUGACUCAAACAGUCGUUAUAUCGUACCAUGCGGCGCGAUGAGGUUGUUACUGUGCCUGUUCGUGCAUUGGAAAGGGGGACUUGUUGUUAAAUACCUACACUAUGUGGCAGACGAACUAAAAACACGAAGAAGGAAUAAAUUAUUCUAGUUUACAUCUGUUAUAUCAACAAAUAACUGCUAAUGAUGUG